AACGCCAACGUAUCUCACGAUUUGUUCUCUUGUAGAGGGUUGUAGUUUGGCCCCCUCAGAGCGAAACUUGUAUUGACUGGCCUAUGCCCCGACUGCGCACGCAAUUACCUAAAUAGCAUCUACUGGGCGAUGACAACACUAUCUGAGGAUGCCUCUUGCUCGUUGGAAGACUCUGAAGACCUCGACGAUGUGCCUCUUUCAAUGGCACGAAACGGACGUUAUGAACAGGAGGAACCUCCAUUAUCUACCAGAGGCCCACCCUUAGGCUUUGCACGUAUGGGAGCAGGCUUCCAGCUCAAGCUCCCUACACAAAAGGCCAAUGACCAGGAGACUUCAGAACCAGAUGGCUUGCACGCAAUGCGUUCAGAGCCGGCAUUUUUACCUGAGACGUCACGCGGUAGACCUCCUGGGCUUUCGCUGCCGCUGGGGCAAGCGCGACCUGCCUCGGCGUCCUUCAGCGAGGAAGCAGCACCUUUGCGUACCAGACGAGCGCCCUCGAAGCCGCCCAUGUUAAACCUCGCAAACCCCGCUUCGGCAUCACCCGUGCCCAGCUGCGCCCCAACGCCGGCCCUAGGACCAUCACGGGAGGCAGCCUCCCGUGCGCACAGCACCGCCCAUGCAGCCUCAGGGCCCCAGCAGCAGCCCGUUCGCGUGGAGCUGGUCUCCUCAGCCUUUGUACUCCAAAACGACCAGGACCAUGACGCAAGCGAGGCCUCUACCAGCGACCGUAUCACGCAGCGCUGCUCUCGGCAGCUAGGCAUCGCGCCAUGUGACCUGCAGUUCUUUGAGCUGCGGCGCUUAGACGACGGGGUCAUCCCCGACUCCUGCACACAUGUGGGCGUCAUGAUCCGCGGCUCAACGUUCUCGCUAUCCGCGAUUGAAGACAUGCUAGCGCGUAGCAAACGAGAUGACCAGUUGACAACGAUGCUCGACCGGGCACUCAGAGAAGGGGCGGAGCAUAAGGCGGAGGCCCGACUCAACGCAGAAAAACUUGCGAAACAGAGCGAGGAGCUGGCGGUACUGCGGGAGCGGCUUCGGAGCUACGAGGCGAGCAACCAGCACUUGAGAGAGCAGCUGCAGCGGAGCGACGAACACCGGCAGCUGUUGGGCGGCACCAUCCGCACCAUCAAGAAGGAGUUUGAGGACUUCCGCAGCCGGGUGGUGGUGGAGGGCGCGUCGGUGGACCAGCUGCCCCUGCAUCAGCUCAGCCUGGGGCCGGGGCCGGCAACUAGCCGGGCAUCGUCAGCUCCCGCCGGGGCGGCCACAGAGCGCUGACGGAGGGAUGGGUGGGUGGGCACGGGGUGGGGUCCACACGCUGGGCCAUGCAUGCAUGCGUCCUUUACGCUCUGGGUGGAGAAUGCACGUCGCCAUGGCGCCGCAUGGGGCGGGGGAUUGAGGAGACAGACUGUGAAGUGCCCGGGGCCAGACUUUGGAAGGAGUUUGGGGAGGGAAUGGGUUGAUGCGACAGUGGUUGCAUGGGGGCUGUGCGGUAGCUGCUUAUCGUCGCGUCAAGUGUACGUUACUGUGAUAAGGGUUGGCCAAGGGACGCGCGCGAUGGUGGCUUUUGGUAGACUGCGUUGGCAACGACGACAGUGCAAUUGAUGGAUGACCAAGACAUGACGUGGUGUACUAGGCGACAAUAUCGCCGGCGACAUGGGCGCAUUCGUGCGACCCAAUGUCGCUUGACGUCGUGCUCGACGCUGCUGAGUUGUGAUGCAACAUGCAUGAUAGGGCAGCCGUGUGUAGUGGACGGACCCGUGGGACGUGCUGGGUACCGCCCGUCGUAAGUGCUGGUGGUGGAUGCGGUUGGUGAUUAGCGGUUAGCGGAAGCCCGCGCAUGGUGACAGACAACAACUUACAAACGUCAAACAAUAUUAUGAACAUGCCGCCGCGUCGGCCACAGUAGUUUACGGUCCUCCAUCCUGCAGGGAGAAGAUUAUACUGGUGUCCAAAAACCGUGUGUGGCCUAUUCGGAUGGUGGACGUCUUGCGUGGGAGCAAGGUAUACUAAGAGCCGCAUUUGUAUACCUUAGCAACAAGUCGCCCGUGGCAGCACUACGACGCUAUUUAUACAACACGUGCCAGGACACCGGUGCACAGCGGGCAGGAUGCCGCGUGCCGAGUCCUCGCAUGAAGCCGCCUUCCCUCACACUGCAUACAAGGACACACGACGGGUCCGAAACAACCGGUCGAAAAACUACCUCCUCGAACAACAAGACAGCCAUGUGGGUUGUUGUGCACAAGAUGCAUCCACGCUGGCAUACUGUGGAUGGCAUGCCUGCUACUGUAAUAAACGCUACACAACCAUGAAAACAACCUGGAUCGAGAUCCCAGCGAGACGAAAAA